GAUCAUCCCCGCAACCUUUGGUCGCAGAAGCACGUUCCUCGGCGUUCUUACAUCACGCAACCAUGGCCGCCCCCAUUUCCUCCCGCAUGCAAUGGUUUGCGUCCCAGCAGACCUCCCAGGCCCCUGUCCCUACUGAGGAGACCAAGUAUCACCGCAAGACCGCCAUCAUUGCGACUAUUGGCCCGAAGACCAACUCCGUCGAGAUGCUCGGCAAGCUGGUCCGUGCUGGUGUCAGCGUUGUCCGCAUGAACUUCUCCCACGGAUCAUACGAGUACCACCAGAGUGUGAUUGACAACACCAGGAAGAUGGUUUCUCAGAACCCUGAAGGCCGCCCCGUUGCCAUUGCUUUGGACACGAAAGGCCCUGAGAUCCGCACGGGUAACAUGCGCAAUGACCAAGAUCUUAAAAUACCGGCUGGACACGAGUUCAUUGUCUCCACUGACCGCCAGUACUACAACAUCUGCGACGACAAAGUCCUGUUCGUUGACUACGAAAAUCUGCCCAAAGUUACUGCACCUGGCAAGCUGAUUUACGUCGACGAUGGUAUCCUGUCCCUCCUCGUCUUGUCCAUCGACGGCCCCAACGUGCGAGUCCGCGCCAUCAACAACGGCACGCUCUCCUCGCACAAGGGUGUCAACCUACCGAACACUGCAGUCGAUCUGCCCGCGCUCUCCGAGAAGGACAAGGCAGACUUGCGCUUCGGUGUGAAGAACGGCGUCGACAUGAUCUUCGCGUCGUUCAUUCGUCGCGCGGAGGACGUCGAGGACAUCCGCCAGGUCCUCGGCCCCGAUGGCGCUAACAUUAAAAUCAUUGUCAAGAUCGAGAACCAGCAGGGUGUUGACAACUUCGACGAGAUUCUCAGGGCGACUGACGGUGUCAUGGUCGCUCGUGGUGACCUCGGUAUUGAGAUCGCUCCCAGCCAGGUCUUCAUGGCGCAGAAGAUGAUGAUUUCCAAGUGUAACAUGGCAGGCAAGCCCGUCAUUGUUGCUACUCAAAUGCUUGACUCUAUGAUGCAAAACCCGCGACCGACUCGUGCUGAGGUCAGCGACGUUGCUAACGCUGUGCUUGACGGCUCCGACUGCGUUAUGUUGUCCGGAGAGAGUGCCAAGGGAGCCUACCCGAUUGAGUCGGUCCUCAUGAUGGCAGAGUGCUGUCUGCUCGCGGAGACGAUGAUUUGCUAUCCUCCCUUGUAUGACGAGCUCAGGCUCUCUACUCCUCGUCCCACGGAGACCGUUGAGACCGUCGCCGUCGCCGCUGUGGGUGCUGCGCUGGAGCAGGGCGCUAGCGCUAUCAUCGUCUUGUCGACGAGUGGCAACACUGCGCGCCUCGUAUCGAAGUACAGGCCGCCUGUGCCCAUCAUUACCGUGACUCGCAACCAGCAGACUGCGCGUCAGAUCCACCUGCACCGCGGCUGCUACCCAUUCUGGUACCCUGAACCCCGCGGCAUCGAGGCCCACCAGUGGCAGACUGAUGUGGACAAUCGUAUCCGGUUCGGGCUGCGCAAUGCGCUGAAGUUGAACAUCAUCAAGACGGGCACCACGGUUGUCGCGGUGCAAGGCUGGAAGGGUGGACUUGGUCACACGAACACGCUUCGUGUCCUCUCCGUGCCCACAGAUCCCGCCGACCUCGAGUUGCAGCCGCUCGGCGCGUAGUUUGCUGGAAGGUUUGAGAGCGUGUAUGUAAAAUGUAACGAAUAGUGCCAAGCAAAAUGAAUAGACUCUUGUACAACCUUCUGU